AUGGUAUAUACAAGGGUUGGUGUUUGGAUACCUCAGUGCCCCCCAAAGAACUGGGAGGCUAGGUCGUGGUCUGGAGAUGGUAGACGGCCAUCAGGGCACUCCACUCACUGGGGGUUCCAUCUCUCCGGGGAGGUCCUGGUAAGGGUGGAUCGUAUUCAAAUCCCGGAUCCUCGAACUGGGCUCCUCAAGGCCAACUCGACCGUCAGCUCGAUCGAGUUGAGUUUCCUCUGUUUGGACUCGAUCGAGUCCGGUGGUCGAGUUGGAGCGUCUGGCCUUAGAAGUCUUCCUCCUUCUCUGCGUGUUGUCUCUCCCUUCCCUUGGCUCGAAAGAAGAGGCUCUGUGAGGCUCUUGGGCAGGGAGCCUCCUUGGAGUGGUGAGAAGGAUCUACUCCUAAGGAAUGUGGAACUCAUGGGGCCUUCUUCUUCUUGCUUGAAGAACCAGAAACCUUCUUCUCCAAACUUUUGA